AUGGUUGCUCUUAAGCUCUAUUACUUCGAAGCUGGUCCGGCUGAUCCUAUCAGACUCAUCUUCGCCAUUUCUGGUAUGAAGUUCGUCGAUGAGAGGAUUCAGAUGGAUCAGUGGCCUGCGUUGAAGGCUUCUGGGAAGUUCCCUCUUGGGCAGUUGCCAGUACUCGAGUUCGAGGACGGCACUCAGAUCACUCAGAAUCAGGCCAUUAUGAGAUAUGUUGCUGCACUCAAUCCUUCUACCGGCUUGUAUCCCCUUGACCUCAAGCAAAGGUUCCGUGUUGAUGAGAUGAUGGAUAUUGUCAAGGACAUCCAGUCGAGUUUCUUCAUGGUUAUGAAGGCACCAGAAGGAGAGGAGAGAGGCGCUGCUCAGAAUAACCUAUACAAGAAGGUGCUCCCCUUCUUCUUCAGCAAGAUAGAGGAGCGUAUGGGAGAUCAUGAGUACACCGCCGGUGAUGCAUUGACUAUUGCGGAUCUCGCACUUUACGGCAUUUACGAAUUGCUCCAUCUCCCCUUCGUGGGCGGUCUCCCAGAAGAUUUAUUUACACCCUACACCAAAAUAACGCGCGUUUUCGACGCUAUCAAGACCCAUCCAGCUGUUAAGCUUUGGGAAGAGAAGCACGAAGUGAUGACUCAGUAA